AUGGCUACAGAGAACAUUCGCCAGCAACACCAGGAGCUGACCAGCGGUAUCACUCUGGACGUUGUGGGCGCCAGUCCGGAUGGACGCAAAGCAGUGGAUGGAACUCAAGCUGACCCUAAAUCUACCAGAGGGCAGUGGUCAAGCCGACUGGACUAUAUCAUGUCCAUGAUAGGCUGCUGUGUUGGGUUUGGGAAUUUGUGGAGAUUUCCAUACAUCUGCAACAGGAAUGGCGGAGGUGCUUUCCUGAUUCCAUUCAUAAUAUUCCUCAUCAUCACGGGUCUCCCGAUGUUCUACCUUGAAGCAGCUCUGGGACAGUUCUCUGGGAAAGGGGCGGUCCAAGUGUGGAACGUCUGCCCUCUCUUCAAAGGUAUUGGCAUUGGUUGUAUAGUCCAGGUCGCCAUCUGUCUGCCCUACUACAACAUCCUGCUGGCGUGGCCCAUCUACUACCUGGUGAGAUCCUGCACCACCGUCCUGCCCUGGACAACGUGUGACAACUGGUGGAACACGGACCUUUGUGUAGAGGACAUCUCCCUUCUCAGAAACAUGUCCACGAACUCCUCUCACAUGAUCACAUCCCAGUCUGCCGCCAAUGGCACCGACACCAACACUGCCGCACUGUGGAGAAACACUACCUUGGCUCACACGGCUGUGGAGGAGUUCUAUCAGUACAAUGUUCUUCGCAUUUCAAAUGGAAUACAUGAAGUUGGCUCAGUUCAGUGGCACUUGGUGGGAUGUCUCUUUGCUUCUUAUGUCAUUAUUUUCCUGUGCCUGUUUCGUGGAGUGAAAGCUACUGGGAAGAUUGUGUACGUAACUGCGCUGCUGCCCUACAUUCUCCUGACCACGAUCCUGAUAAGAUGUCUGAUGCUGCCCGGCUCAUCUGAUGGCAUCGCAUAUUACAUGAAACCAGAUUUCAGCAGACUGCUCGACAUUCAGGUGUGGACAGAAGCUUGUCUUCAGGUGUUUUACAGCCUGGGCCCUGGAUGGGGCAUCAUAGUGACAACAUCCAGCUACAACAAGUUCACUGAGCCCACGUUACGCGACAGCAUCAUUCUGUGCGUUGCAUCGGAGGGCACAAGCAUAUUUGCUGGCUUUGUCACCUUCUCUAUCCUGGGAGUGAUGGCCGAGAGAGUGGGUGUGUCAGUCACGGAGGUCGUGUCAUCAGGUCCAGGAUUGGGUUUUGUUGCUUACCCAGAAGCCCUAUCACAACUUCCGCUUCCUCAGAUGUGGUCGUUUCUGUUUUUCUUGAUGUUGCUGACAGUUGGAUUAGACUCUCAGGGUGGGAUCUACAUCAUGCAGCUCCUGGACUGGUAUCUGGUGUCUCUGUCGUUGUUCCUGUUCUGUACCCUGGAGUGUGUGGCCACGGUCUGGUUCUACGGAAUCCAGCAGUUGAGUGAAGACAUCCAGCUGAUGUCCGGACGCCCGUUACCUGUCCUGGUGAAACUCCUGUGGGGAUUCGUCACACCUGGAAUACUUCUGAUUGCGUUCUUCAUGACGCUGGCCAACUACAAGUCCCCAUCAUAUGGGAAGUACACCUACCCUGUCUCGGCAGUGGGGAUUGGGUGGAUUAUAGCACUGCUGCCUCUCCUCCCCAUCCCCGUCAUGAUGGUCACAACAUUGCACAGACAGGAUGGGUCACUGAAGCAGAGGCUGCUGUCGCUGGUCCGACCUGACAGGACAUGGUGCCCAGCAGAUGCCUCCACCACAACCAAAAUGAAGUUUGCCGAUGAUCCAGCAAUAAGCAGUCUCCUGCUGAACAACGAAGAUUCCUACAAAGAGGAAGUAUCAUCCUUCACAGCGUGGAAGACGUCCAGGAUGUUGACCCUGGCCUUCAUGGUACUGGUGGUGAUGCACUCCACCUGGAUUGACAGCGUCCAAGCAGAUAUUUGGCAUAAUCUGAAGUGUAAAGUUGGGCUUAGUGACUGCACACCAGUAGUAAACAACAACGCCCCCCACAUCUACUGUGAUCCAAAACCCCAAGAAUUCCUUGCCCCUCCCAAGUCGUUGACUGCCGUGGCUAGAUGGACACUACCGUCAGCGCAUGACGACGAAGACGGUACCCUGACCCCAAAGCUGGUUGGGUCUAAAGGUUCAGGCUCCACGUUCACCGAAGGAACACACACCAUCAACUACAGGGCAACCGACAGCCGUGGUGUUGAAAACACCUGCUCCAUCACAAUCGUAAUCAAGGUGGCACGGUGCAAUGAACCCUCCCCAAUCCUCAACGGCAUCAAAACCUGCAGUCACACUUCCGGGUCCACUGUUCGUGGAGACACCUGUUCGUACACCUGUAAGGCUGGCUACACACUGACCGGUACCUCCACGCUCACGUGUGACAAGUCUGGCAGUUUCCGUCCCGGCGUCCCGACCUGUGAACCUGUACAAUGUCCAGCUCCUAAGAACACCUCUGGCGGUAUGUACACCUGCCCCAGUACAAAGUAUGAGUUCAAGGACGCCUGCUACCUGAAGUGUGCGAGCGGCUCCAGGGCUGGGAGUGGCAACCAGCACAUCACGUGCCAGGCAGAUAGAACAUGGACAAAGUCGGCUCCAUGUGUAGAUGAACCUGUUUUUAGAAGCUGCCCCCUCAACCUUACCUUAUUCUCCGACAGAGGAGUCAGUCGCACCAAUGUCACGUGGCCAAAUGUAACCGCCAUCUAUCCUUCUACCAACAAGACUGCCCGGGUCGUCUUGGCAACGUCAAAGCCAUGUGGGACCUAUUUCGACGAGGGGGUUCACCAGGUCACAUACCAUGCUUAUGACAACCUGGGGAGGAGAUCCGAGAAACCGUGUUCCUUCACGGUGACAGUACAAACCAUCAGGUGUCCCCACCCCAACCUCCACCCGGGGGGCAAGGACUUAAUGAUGUAUAACUGCGGCGACUACAAGUACGGGGCGGUGUGCCCUGUCUCCUGCAAGUCUGGCUACCCCCUUGGCGGCCCCGACCACAUCGUCUGCGAGAAAGACGCCUCUUUCCCUCCAGAAGCUACAUGGACCUGGAACAAGACGAGUGGUCUCACACCCUACUGCAUGGAGAGAAAUUGCUCGAAUCUGACAGCCCCAGACAAUGGCGCCAUGGUUUGUGACAAGUGGAUGCACGGACGGAUGUGCCAGAUGCAGUGCAGCGCCAACUACAGCUUCCCUCGCUCAGCUCCCCAUGACGGCAUGUUCGUGUGUGGCGGAGCGAGGGGCAAGUGGAUGCCCACAGAAGACGUCCCCGACUGUGUUGCAUACUCCGGCUUCUCCACAAUGAGGAUGCCAGCGUACUUCUACUACAACGGUACGUGUCCGGGCAACCCGGGAGUACAGAACCAGAUCAAGCAGAACUUCAUCAAGGCUGUUUCCAGCUCCCUCAAGUACGGCUUUGAAUCUUGCACAAAUGUUAAAGCUUGCCAACCAGACAACGUCCAGGUAAUCUGCGGUAAAGUCACUCGAGAUCUGAGCGGACCAGGAUCCAAAGACUCUCUCACAAUCAAGUUUGAUGUCGUUGUUGCCUACGAUGACAGCAAGGGUUCUGGGCCUAGUGCACUGGGCUUCAACGAUCAGAGACUUCACACGGUGGCUGCCAAACUGCAGACGGUGGCUCAGACUAACUCUCUUGGACUUGACAAGUUUGGACUAAAGCUUGAUAAAGCUAACGUGGAGCCACAGACAGCCUCUCUAGAUUGUCCCACAGGGAAGAUGCCGGACAUGGCUAAAGGAAUAUGUGUUGGAUGCCCGAGGGGUUCACACCUCGACUCCAGCACGAAGACAUGCGUGGACUGCCCGGUCGGCAGCUAUCAGGACCGAGAUAGUAGCGCCACCUGCCUGACAUGCCCGGAUGGGAUGUCCACGGCCACUUCUGGAUCUAAAAACAUGUCAGAUUGCAAAGGUAUCUGUCAACCGGGCUUUAUCUCCCCUGAUGGCCUUGAACCAUGCAACGCCUGUCCAAUGGGGACGUUCCAAGGAAUGCCAAGAAAUCAACAUUGUUCUGCUUGCCCAAAAGGGCAGAUAACUCGGUCAACCGCGGCAACUGCUCACGAAGACUGCAUAGACUUUGACCUGUCCCUGCAAGCCAACGGUGUGGCGAUAUUCAAGGCACAGCCCCAGCCUCUCAGUCAGCUGACAUUUGCCAUGUGGCUAUAUCUGUACGACACCGUCACGGAGUCCUUCGACAUCGCCACCUGGCAAGAUCCUUUCACAAUGAAGACGUCUUUCGCUCUUGUUCUGAAGAAAUCUCUUGAACUUAUUGCAGGAAGGUCGUCUGCAGUUACCGAUGUCGGACUACCGGCCAGACAGUGGACACACGUGGCCCUACAGGCGGACAGCCAAUCAGGAGUUGUCAGCUUGUACGUCAAUGGAAAGCUGGCGGGGACACCAAACAUGACACUGUCAGGAGCCUUAAUUCCUGCCGGCCACAGCCUCACCAUCAGAACCAGCAACAACGUGCCUGCUGUGCUGUCCCAAGUGAUGGUUUACGACACGGUGGUCCCGACUACAACCAUCUCCCACCUGGCUGCCUCCUGCUCCACACACGACACAAACUACAUCAUUGACCAGACCGAUCUCACCGACCUCUCCGACGGCGUCAACCACGUCAUCCCUAGCGUCUGUGGAGAAUAUCUCCAGUAAGCAGCAGCACGCCCAGAUGGACCUGGAUCUUCCUCGCCUGUAAUUACAGACGCAAUAAAAAGUGU